AUGACUGAUCAAACAUCUUCCCUAUCAUCGUCCUCACAACUUGUUAAUCCAACAAUCGUUCGUUAUGGCGCAAUAUUUUUGUUAUUGGUGGGAACAUUUGGCAAUAUUCUUUCAUGCAUCAUAUUUUCCACGGGUACAAUGCGUAAAUCUUCAACAUUUCGCUAUUUGGCAUUAUUAUCUUUAAUGGAUUUAGUUGUACUUUAUAGUGGUCUAUUGGAUUUAUUUUUAACAGUUGAAUAUGGUGAAUUUUCACUACGAAAAAUUUCACCAAUUACUUGUCGUUUACAUACAUUUGUUACAUAUUGGUCACAACAUUCAUCAUCAUGGAUAUUAUCAGCCAUAUCAAUUGAUCGUGCUAUAGCCACAAAUUGGAUACAAUUUGCAAGAAAAUUUUGUACACCAAAAUCAGCUGAAUAUGUUGUGGGUGUUAUUUUAUUGACGACAGCUUUGUUCAAUUCUCAUGAAUUAAUUUUCAUUAGAUUAGACAUGAAUAAUGUUGAAUUCAACGAGCAAACAUUACUAACAUCAACAACAACAAUACCACAAGAAACUAUGUUAUCAUCAUUUUAUUAUUCUGAUUCAACUACACAUUUUCAAUAUACAAUGAGUAAUUAUUUGUCACCACAAUUUAUUGUACCAAAAAUGAAUUCAUUUAAAGAAAAAAGAGCAAUUAAUGAACAACAACAACAAAUAACAGUAUCAAAAUUUAUUUCAAAUAUUUAUAAAUAUUUUUCUAAUAAACUUAAAAAUAAUACGAGGACUAAACGUGCGUUACCAUUCGGUUUUACAUCUCCAACUAGAGAAUUCAAUUCAUAUACAAAUACAUUAUUUUAUUCACCAUCAUCUAUACUACCAACAACACCAAUCUAUAAUUCAACAACAGUUGUCUUUAUCACAUCAUCAACAAUGUCGACGAGGGCAAGAAAAUGUGCAGCACUUAAAGGAAGUAACUAUGAAUAUUUUUGGGAUCAUGUAUGGGAAUGGUUUGAUGUUUGUAUGUAUGCUGUUGUUCCAUUUUCUGUGAUGAUAAUUGGUACAUUUUUUAUUGUCUAUCGUGUUUAUUAUCAAGAACGAAGAUUUUUUCGUUCAAGACGAACAUAUGCCGAUAGUGCAACACGUGCAACUCCGAAUAAAGCGAAAAGUUUAUUUUAUUUAUUAUUUACUUUAAAUCUGUUGUAUUUUCUUUUGGUAUCUCCUGUUGUAUUUGUAACCACAAUUCUAUUUCGAAAUCCCAAUGAAGAAGUAUCACAUCCAACAUUGACAGCAAUUGUUUAUCUAAUGCAGUAUGCUAAUCAUUCAUUAAAUUUCAUUUUCUAUGGUAUAACAUCACCGCCCUAUCGUAAAACAUUAUUUGAAUGGUUAGAAGUUAUUUCAAUUUAUUGUCCAAAUCGAUGUCAAACAUGUUUAAAACGUCAACCAAAAAUAAAAAAACAAGAACUUAAGAAAAAUAUUAAUCCAUCUAAUGGUAACAUUGGUACGCCUAUUCAUAAACAUGAAAAAAUACAAGAAUUAUCGACUGCUAUCACUGCCCUUGAUGAUAUUACUGCGCUUAAUCGAAAAAAUAAAAUACCGAUAACAUUACAAAUUGAUAGUACUCAGAUUAACGACACAAAUUCUUUAUUGUUAAAUGAUUAUCAUGCAAAAAAGUCAAAUAAAUUGUCUAAAAAGUAGAUUUUGUUUUUUUAUCUAUUAGUAUUAUUGAGUUUUAAACUCAUUUGUUAUUUUUUUAAUAAGUUAAUUAGAGAGAUUAUAAGUUUACUUUCAUUACUAAUUUUUAUAGUAUGUUAUUUUUGAAAACUUGUACUGCCAUCUACAAGAGUUGUCUCUUACAUCUAAAAUCUAAAAAUUUUAAAGUAAAAAAUAUAUUCUUGAAUUCAAAUUAAUCUAAUAUACUCAUUUUACAUGUAUCUUUCUUUUUUUUUUGCCUAAAAAAAAUAUCCUAGAUAUAAAUCAGUUCUAAAUUAAGUCUUUUUGAAGAAUAUUUACACAGGAAUAAUGACCUUAAAAAAGCAUUUUUAUACACACAUACACAUAUAUAUGAUGAAAAAGAAAAUAUACAAUUCUAAAACAAUUCAUUUUUUUGGCCAACUAAGCUUCUAAUUAAUGGUCAAUAGAAAAAUAAAGAAAUUUUGUAAUGACUAUUUUGAUGAGCUCAAAAUUGUUAUAAAAAAAACAGUUUAUUAAAUAAAUAUACAAAAAUAAGAUAGAAAUCGAUUUAAAUUAAAUUAAAAUGUAUUUCAUUUUAAAAACUGAGUAUACAUUGUUCAUUUUCAAGUAGAAUACUAAAAUACGUAUACAAUAGGGUUUUAGUUUUGUUUAAUUCUAAAUCGAAUAGCUAGAAGAUGUGAUUAUAAUGUCUCUAAUUCGAAUAAAACAUAAAAUGGUGAAACGUUUUCAUUUUCUCUAUAAUUUGUAGGUAGUAUACAAAAAGGUAUAAAAAAAAAAAACAAGAUGCCAUGUUUUUUCUUGUUUUUAAGAAAACGAUAUGAGUAUCCUUUUGACAUUAAUCUGAAUAUUAACAAACAUAUCAUUUACUUUUUUUCGUUUUACAACUUAUCGGCAUCGUCAUCUGAAAAAGCAAAAAUUUCUUCACAUGAUCUGGAAAACGUACAAAAAAAAAACGUAUAUAUAUCACUAAUAAAAGAAGAAAAAAAAAAGAUCGAAAUGGAAAAAAAUUUUUUUUUUCUUCAACUAUUUUGCUUUAUAUAUUAAACCACAUACAGCAUGUAUAUGUUUGAUCGUUCUGCUUGGUUUGACUUUGAUUGCAGUGUAAAAAAUAAAAGAAAGCGAGAGAAAUAUUAUUGUGAGACGUGUGACUGAUACAGAUUAGACUACAUGUUAGAAAAAAAGAAAAUUCGAAUAUCAUAAAGUUAUUUAAGCAUUUAUUGUUGAUAAAAACAAAGAAAAAAAGGAUAAAAAGAAAUAAAAAUUUGCUGUGUUAUAUAGUUUUAUUUCUUAACACCAAAAAAAGAAUUUUAGCAGGUGACAUAUUGCAAAUAAGAAAGGUAGUAAAUAAAUAUAAAUUUGAACUUUUAUCGGAUUUGUGCGUGUGAUAUUGUGCGAAAAUCUCUUGUUGUAUAAAUCGGCAAUAAAAAAUUGAUAGUGUUGUCAAGGAUGCAGAAAGAAACGUUUGAGUAAAUAGAAUAUUUGUAAGAUUUGGUGAUUUCAUUUCAUUAUCCAAAGAACCCCAGAAUAGUAGACACUGUUUACGAACAAAAAUUGUUUUCUUUUAAACUAAAACAUACGUUAUGCAGGACACACUCGCAGAUUUGGGGUCAACGGUAUGUACCAAGACUAAACAUUCUUAGACUAGAAUACCUUCUGAUAUUAUUUUAACUUAAACUGGUUCUCUUGACAUGUAUUUUCUCAUUUUCUUCUGGUACUGGGAGGCAUAUUGUUUUUGAAGGGUGUGGAUAUAUUUCGAUAAAUUAAUGAAGCCUGACGGUUAAUAGGGCUGAUUAUUUUAUGAUUUAGUCUAGAUUGAAAGGGAGCGGUGUCUACAGAAUUAAUUUAAAAAUAUGACUUUGAGAAAAAACCUUAAGAUUUAAAAAGAAACGCACACACACUCACAACCUAUAGGGUUUUAACCGUACUGUUAAUUGAAUUGGUACAAAAUAAUAAUCGAAAAUAAUUUUAUUACUGAUUCUGACCGAAAACUAGCAUUAUUAAUGAUCAGUGAAGAGUAUUGAUUUAUUAUACACUUCAAUGUUCCAUUUAAACUAAAUAACCUUCUCACAGCGUGGCAUAGUCGACUAGUGGGCAGACAACGUACUUCAAAGAUACGAAGUUUGAAUCCCGGCAACGGCGGUCGCGUGAUAGCCUUGGACAAGCUAUCUAAUGCUUCUUGUCUCGGUACCUUUGGGCACAGAUGCAAUGGGGUAACCCGAUUUCAGUGGCCAUUGGACUGGAGAGAUGAGAAUUAAGGUUUAAAAAAAAAUGUCACAUAAACGCGAUCACUCAUAUGCCUCUGAUUACCAAACAAAACAUUUUGAUAUAGAGAUUGCGUUUUCAGACAAUCAAAGUCUUCUGAUGAUUCAGAAUUAGAAGAUCAUGGGUUUAUGCAUAAAAACCAAGUAAAUAACUCCCAUGACUUAAACGUAUAUGUCUUUGCACCUCAACAAAGCAUAAUAUACCGAACUUCUACCUCAAGUACCAUUGUUCGACUAUCUGGUUUUAGAGAAUUUAAAAGGCUCUGUAGGUGUGUUUUCAAACAUUAAAAUAGACGAAAACUUUCUUCUCUUCAAGAAUACAGUGGGAAUUUUUCUAUAGAUCAAGCGGACAUGUGAUUCUUUUUAAUUCAGAAAGAGACUAUUUUUGCUCAAUAUUACUUUAUUACGUUUUAAAUGUUAUUAUAGAUUAAGAAACUCUAAUGCGGAAAAAUACUUUCUUAGAUGGAAAACUCCUGGGGGGGGGGGGGGGGCGGUGGGGACUAUUUUUUUUUUAAAAAUAUUUUUUUAGAAAAAUUAACAUGUUUUUUUGGAGUGAGGUGUUUUUUUAGGGG